AAUUACACAUAGCUCGUCAGGCUCAGCGCAGCGGCAUCGUAUCGCACUGUUCUAGUUCGUAGCCGGUUGCUACCAUACCAUCCUCGGCUUCAGCUUCAGCUUCAGCAAUCAGAAUCCAACUCUUCUGGUUCGCUCCUGUUCUUCAAAUCACCCGCCGGCGCAGGGCGUUUCCUCUGCGUGUUCGAUCCAAUGGAGGUCACUGCUUUUUCAGAGAACUUGAUUUGGUAGACUGUAGUGGAAAUUGGAAUCGCGAGGGGCGAUGCUGUGGUAAUACAGAAGCAGGAUAACCAAAAGCAACCCUCGCACAUUCGUUUUGAUGCGAACAUCCUACCUCUUCCAACGUUUCGGUUUCCACCAUUCUCAUCGUUCAUCUUCCUCCUCAUUCCGUUUUCUUUGCACUUCUUCGCCAUUUUCGUUGUUAGACCCCAAUAUUCCACAGCAGCAUCAGCCGCAGCAACCAGAAUGUGACAGUCACGGUACCCCUCUUUUCGGAGCCCAUUGUCACUCUCGAAGACUUUCAUCUGCUGCCAGUUGUUCGAGACGCUCUGUAUUAUUGGGCUUCAUUUCAUUCGACUCUAAUCGUGGUCGUCCCCUUGUUAAUCAUCAUUACGCUUUCCAUCGCAGUUUUUUCACUAGAGCUAAACCGGUUCAGAGAAUUGAAUUCAAUGAUUAUCAUAGUCAACGAGCGGUUACCACUGCUUUAUGGUGCAAUUUCCUUGUCUUCUCUCUCAAAUUUGGGGUUUGGUUUGCUACAUCAAGCCAUGUCAUGUUGGCAGAAGUUGUGCACUCUGUUGCCGAUUUCGCAAAUCAGGCACUUCUUGCUUAUGGUCUGAGUAGCUCAAGGCGUGCCCCCGAUGCUCUCCAUCCUUAUGGAUACUCUAAGGAAAGGUUUGUUUGGUCAUUGAUAUCUGCUGUUGGGAUCUUUUGUCUUGGUUCUGGUGCUACCAUUGUUAAUGGAAUUCAAAAUUUGUGGACUUCACAGCCUCCUGCCAAUAUUCAUUAUGCAGCUUUUGUGAUUGGUGGUUCGCUCAUUAUUGAAGGUGCUUCCCUGGUUGUUGCCAUACAAGCUGUCAAGAAAGGUGCUGCUGCAGAGGGAAUGAAACUGAGAGACUAUGUUUGGCGGGGUCACGAUCCCACAUCUGUAGCAGUUAUGACAGAGGAUGGUGCUGCAGUCACUGGUCUUAUGAUUGCUGCUGCAUCUCUUGUUGCAGUAAAUACCACCGGGAAUGCAAUUUAUGAUCCCAUUGGUUCUAUUGUAGUUGGUAACUUACUUGGAAUGGUGGCCAUAUUCCUCAUCCAACGUAAUCGGCAUGCUUUAAUUGGUAGAGCGAUGGAUGAAAAUGAUGUGCAGAAAGUUCUCCAAUUCUUGAAGAAUGAUCCAGUUGUUGAUGCUUUAUAUGAUUGCAAAAGCGAGGUGAUUGGACCAGGAUUCUAUAGAUUCAAGGCAGAAAUAGAUUUCAAUGGAGUUACAGUGGUGCAAAAUUAUCUAAAUAGGACUGGACGUGAAGAGUGGGCUAGAGAGUUUCGAGAAGCUGCGAAGAAGCAGGAUGAUUCAGCUUUGCUUAAAAUGAUGUCAAACUACGGAGAAGAGGUGGUUACUGCAUUAGGAAGUGAAGUGGAUAGAUUAGAGAAAGAGAUCCAAGAGCUUGUUCCUGGUAUUCGGCAUGUAGAUAUUGAGGCUCAUAAUCCUACCGGGCCAUCCCCGUGAAUCUUAUGGAUGAUUUUUUUUUUUUUAAAUAUAUAAAUUUAUCAUGAACAUGAAUUGUCAAAAUUUUGGCAUUCGGUGGAUCCUGACCUGAGUGAAGCAGUUGGCAAGGAGAUUUGUAUGACCUUUGAGUACACGGAAAUAUUAUUUGUUGAGGCUGAGUCUAUUCAGAGUUGAAAGUAGAAAAUAAGUUCAAUUUUGGUUGAAGGAGGUUGCCUGAUUCAGCGCUUUAAAUUUAAGUUUCAAAGUGUAAAAUAUUUAUUUAUUAAUUUAACUAGCUAUUCAUGAA